CAGAUUUCAGAAGUUCCGUCUCAGUUCCAGUAUUCCUGGCAGAAAUCGUGAAGAACUCCGGGUAAAACGCGGGGCGGUUACGUGAGGAAAAGGCGUGCCGAUCUUUGUCAGCAGAGCUCAAGUUCACAAACGAUCGCGUGACGUCAGCAAUGACACUGUGAUCACGGGACUGAACAGAACAACAACAUUGAAACAGCAGACAUGGCGGCAGGACAAGAUGCAGGAUUGGAAGGCGAAGAAGGCCUCACCGCCGGACUUCAGGCUCUUUCUAUCUCAACACCUGCGACUGGCCGGGCGCCUGUUCACCUGCAGCCAUUCGUCAAAGGAGGCCGUGUCAUGGUGUUAGAAGGUUUUACGUCGCCGUACGACAAGCUUAAGCUCCGGCCUUAUGACGGGCCCAACAAUCCCGAUCAUGACAACAAGACAUUAGUCUCACCUGGCCUGACAGCAGAGGCACUGUACAGUACAGGGGAGGGCGGCGCUGACUUCGAUACAUUCCUUGAAGCCUUGCAGCAGCAAGGGAAGUGUGUACGUGACGAACAUGACGAAACAAUGCACGGCCACCUGAGGGCGAUCGCGCGUUACGGCAAUGUGUACAUGUACAACACGUCACACUUGUCGACAAUAAUGACUGUUGAAGAGUUUGACUAUGACAUGAAAAAAGGUCAGCGGAUUAAAGAUGGUGACAGUGGUGACAAAGCUAAUUCCUACGGUCGAGGCCGUGGUCGAGGAAAACGGGGUAUGCGAAAGAACACUGAUCCCUAUAUGCAUCAUUCUUUUAUCCCGUCGGCGGCCACGACUGACGUCUUGCAGAAGUUCAUGGAAACCUUCAACUUUGAGGAGUCCACAAGCAUAGAGAUUUACAACGUGACCUGCAGGUUUGAGCCCCGGGGUGUGGAGAACACUAUCAUCCUCGACAAGGAUUUGAAGUUCCGCGAGUUUCGCCCGCCCGGCGAUAAGUGGAUGGUGUUGGACCUAAAGCGACGUCCCAAAAGCGACGCCUAUCCGUUCGGGACCGACAUCCGCUUCAAACUUCAGUCAUGCCGCAUUCUGAAGGGAGACGAACUGGAGAAGAGCGAGGAGUACAGGAAAUUAUUGGACCCCGACAACAAAGUGUUGGAGCAAGGGCACAGCUACGGCCUUCGAGAUCUCCACGGAGAACCAGACCUGCGGAUCCACCAUGACUACAGAGGGAAGGUCAACUUUGCCCGGAGAAAGCUCAUCCGACGGUUCCGAGCAGCUGAUGACGUCCAGCACAGCCGCUUCAGGACGGAUGUGGAGGUGCGCCUGACCGAGGUGUGUGAGUACUCUCGCCCGGACCCCAGCGGACGUUUCAGCAGCGUCAUCCCCGGCCGGCAGGAGGUCACGGUCAUCCCGCCGCUGCCAGACUGGACCAGCCCCGAGGAGGUGGAGACCUUCGCGCGGGAAUAUUGGCAGUUCUGUCUCGAGCUCGGAGACACCUUGUACCCGUAAAUGUACAUUCGUGCAUGUGCAG